AUGAAACGCACUCAUCCCGGUGAUGAUGUUGAGGCGCAAACUGUUGUAAAACCUAUGUCAAAUGUUUUCCAACUUCAAUGUGAAGAUGCUGAGCGCGAACGACAUGCUGCUCCAGAAGUGGUGGCGAAAUGGGAGGAAUUGGCUAAGAAAGUGGCACUUACGUUGAGAACAGCCAAGUCGAAGCACUCUUGUCAGUACAAAGAUCUUGACUCAUGGAAGAAAUAUGGAAUUACACAUCCUCUCAAUGAAUUAGCUGAUGCCGUAGCGAGAAGUACUUCUAGCGUAACAGAGUACAAAUGGGCUUCUCCAGAGGAGGUGAUAGUUCUUUCGGACUCCGCUAUAGACUUAAUUGGCUCAUCAUUCUUUAUUAUGCGUAUUUUUGUUACUCUUCCGGAUGUGAAUAAGGCAUCGACAGGAGGCGUAUUGAUCCAUUUUGGGGCCUCUGAGUCAGUGCUAGCUAAAACAUCACGAUUUGCGCCAAAUAUCUCGAAUCUUCGACCAUCGGCAGUCUAUCCACACAUUACCGAUAAAGCAAUAAUUCGGCGAGUUUCUGCUGAACUGCGUCAUAAGGAGCACAUCGUGUCGGCAUUGGCAUUAGCUGCGCGAUUUUUUAAAUGUCGGGAUUUACCUGAAUUUGAUGACUUAUUCCUAGCCUGUUUUUUUGUUCGACUACUCGAAACUAAUGUCGUCGCUAAGCAGCAAGAUGUACUUACGAUGCUGCGAAACGUUUUUUCAGCCAUAGCUAACUGGAAUACGACGACAGCUAUGGGAUUUCAUCCAGAUGAUUUGGAAGAAGAUGUUAUAGCAGCCCAUAUAGCAUCAUUUCCUAUCGUAUUUUUAGAUAGUACAGGGUAUUGGAAUAUUGCAGCUGUCAUCUCAGAGGACUCUUUGCUACUAGUUUGUUUCAGAUUCUCAUCUCUGUUAUAA